AUGGAGACCAUCAUUACACAACAAGCAAAGAGGAACUUCAUGACUGAGGUUGAAGAUGAUACUACAACCCUUAGCGAGGAGCAAGGCGUUCUUGGCAUCGAAGGAAUAUUUGAGGGUAUUGAUAUCACAGCGACAGGCUAUCGAUCCUUGGCCUCACUUCUGCUUUACUUUGAUUAUGUGGAGCCCGCCAAGGAGACCUGCCAGAAAGCCAUCGAUUGCCAAGUAGCACUUGAGAAGGUCAGAGCUGCUGAGCUGAUGGCUCAAAUCUGCCUACAACAUGAUCCGCAAGUGGCUUACGCGGAGAUUCUUAUGUGCUACGAGGCUAUGUACGACGAGACGAUUCCCGAGUCGCUGCGUCGCUCGAUUUGUACCACCAAAGCAAAGAUCGAGGCCAAAAUGAAAAUGAUCGAACUUUCAGCUGCUUCUUACGAGCUAGCAAGGUCGGUCGACCCAAAUAGCUUGACAACUGGCGAUAUCCUCGACGAGGAAGUAGAGCUUUUCUCUAAUGAGGUCGGCAAACAAAAACUCCUUGAAGUCUUGAAGAAAUGGAACCCCCUCGAGCGUCUUACUUGGCUUUGCUGGCGGUACGAUGACUUGGAAGAUAAAAGAUCGCGUCUACUCCGAGAUGUCGCCGUUGAAUCGGGAGAAGCUGCGUUCAUUAUUCAGAUGUAUUUGGAGUCCAUCAAAUACUUGGAGAAUGUUAACGCCGCAGCACCCUUGAAAAUCGAUCUUGCUUUGGCCUAUCAACACGUGAAGGGGGAUCUAGAAGCCGCCCGGCAAGUGCUUGACGAAGUCCUCGACAGCGGGUCAACUGGCUGGCCAGCAGUCACCCAAUGUCACGCUAUCCCGCGCAAUUGGUCACCAAAGUGA